AUGGGAUCCAUUAUUCCUCCUAAUAGUAAGGCUGCUCUUGAUCUACAAUCUGGUGUUCUUCACGCAGCUGACGAGAAGGACUUCAAAACAGCAUUUUCAUAUUUCUAUGAGGCAUUUGAAGGAUACGAUUCGGUUGAUGAAAAGAAUUUGGCUCUACUAUCUUUGAAAUAUAUGCUUCUAUGCAAGGUCAUGCUUGAUUUGCCAGAUGAUGUAAAUACGCUGUUAACGGGUAAACUUGCCCUUAAAUAUUCUGGCACUGAUCUGGAAGCUAUGCGAGCCAUCGCUGCGGCCGCGAAGAAGCGAAGUCUUGCAGAUUUCAACACCGCUUUUGGUGCUUACCCUCAGGAGUUGCAAAUGGAUCCAGUUGUGCGCAAACAUUUCAACUCUUUGAGUGAAAGAAUGCUGGAAAAGGAUCUCUGCCGCAUUAUUGAACCAUACUCCUACGUCCAGAUUGAUCACAUAGCGAAUAGCAUUGGUAUUGAUCGAGAAAAGAUCAAAAAUGUCAUACCUUUCAAAUUUAUGCGCUUCUGUUCUUUAUCUCAAAAUUGCUUCUCUGGUGUUUCGCAGCAUCAUAGUUCUUGUGUAGAAGUUUUAGAUGUGAAUAAGAUGCCUGAUUCUUGCUCAGGUCGAACAAUGAGUUUUCAGUACAGUUGCCCACAUUAUUUAGUUGUUCAUGUGGAAAAGAAACUCUCACAAAUGAUUCUUGACAAGAAAUUCAGCGGUUCAUUACAUCAAGGCGACGGAAUGCUGAUUGUUUAUGACGUUUCAUCACCGGACGCCACAUAUGAAACGGCACUUAAAACGAUUCACGCGAUGGGUGAGGUGGUUGAUGCCUUGUACCAACGAGCGGGCAAAAUUCGAUAG